AUGGCGGAUGACGAAUGCGACCCUGACUACAAACACGCCGACUUUGCUUACUACCGCUUUGAGCCUUCAGUUGCAGUCAAUGCACUAUUCCUGGCCCUGUUUGUCCUUUCAACACUACUCCAUGGCCUUCAACUAUGGAAGUCCCGGACAUGGUAUCUCUCUGCUCUAGUGUUGGGCGGCUGCUGUAUGUGCGAGGUUGUCGGAUACGCAGGCAGACUCAUUAACGCGAGGGAGGACCCUGGCUGCUGGAGCCUCGGCCCGUAUGUCAUGCAAAACUUGCUGAUCCUAAUUGCCCCGGCCUUGAUGGCGGCUUCUAUCUACAUGAUAUUGGGCCGAAUCAUUCUACUUACCGACGGCGAGCACCAUGCGCUUAUCAAGCGAAGGUGGCUUACGAAAAUCUUUGUGGCCGGCGAUGUCAUUUCGUUGUUGAUGCAAGGCUCUGGUGGUGGCUUGAUGGCAGGAGGCGAUAACCAUGAGACUGGAGAGAAAGUCAUUAUUGGCGGUCUUUUUGUGCAAUUGGCUGUUUUCGGUUUCUUCAUGGCCGUCGCUGCCAUGUUUCACCUGAGGAUGAGGCGUGCUCCAAGUGUCAGAGCGUUGGACCGUUCAGUGCGCUGGCAGAUGUAUUUAGUGACCCUAUACGUGACUGGCAUUCUGAUAUGGGUGCGUAGUCUCUUUAGGGUCAUCGAAUUCAUCCAGGGAAAUGACGGCGAGUUGAUGAAGAGCGAAGCUUAUGUCUUCAUCUUUGACAGCCUGCUUAUGCUUGCCGCUUUGCUGUGGAUGAACUGGUUCCAUCCUGGUGAGAUCGGUCUGCUCCUUCGCGGUACCCAGCCUGUUAGCAACGGGCUGGUAUUGCUAAAGCAGAGAGGUAAAGCGCGGAGAGAGCUCUCUUCAACUCUAGAGAGCAUUUCAUCCGAUACCGCGAUGGAGGGUGGUCGACCUGCCUAG